AGUCCAGCAUGUCACGUUCGGCCAGGCCCGCGCAGGGUUGCAUGAAGUCGAAUGAGCCUAAUGUUUGGUGAAACUUUUGCUAUUGAACUAGCUGUGUCCAGUGCUGUUGCAGAGUAAUAGUGUGACAUGUUCAUUUAGUCUCUGAUGUUUUGUAUUAUCAUGGUCCAGUAGUUCCACUCGUCUGCCUUGUUUAAGGUUUCUUAAUUUACUGGGUGAAAGGUCACUCAGCUCAGCUUUGAAAACAUGGCAAGUUCAUUGUUGGGGCACGCAGUAGCUGCGUACAAACGUGAUCUAAGUCUACCAGUCAAAACAUUCACACUUUUACGGGCCUUCAGUAAUGGGACUAAUGCACUGCGCAAGGACUCUCCGCCUCCACAAGCUGUGUUCUUUCCCCCUUCCGAAGUGCCAAUGCUGGUCCCGGGGACGUUCAAAAAUAAAGUGGCUUUCAUCACAGGAGGGGGAACUGGUUUAGGCCGAGGAAUGACAACUACCCUGUCAAGCUUAGGUGCCGAGUGCGUCAUUGCAAGCAGAAAGCUUGAUGUUCUGGAAAAGACUGCUGCAGAAAUUUCAGAACAGACUGGAAACAAGGUCCAUGCUUUGAAGUGUGAUGUGCGGGACCCAGCGUCUAUAGAGGCUGCUGUGACGAAGCUGAUCAGUGACGUGGGUCUCCCUGAUGUGGUAAUCAACAAUGCUGCAGGUAAUUUCGUCUCCCCCUCAGAGAAGCUGUCUGCGAAUGCCUGGAGGACCAUCACAGACAUUGUGCUGAACGGCACGGCCUUUGUAACGCUGGAAAUUGGGAAGCGCCUCAUUAAAGCUGAAAAAGGGGCUGCGUUCUUGGCCAUUACCACCAUCUAUGCAGAGAGUGGCUCUGGCUUUGUGGUCCCCAGUGCCUCUGCCAAGGCUGGUGUGGAAGCUAUGUGCAAGUCCCUGGCCGCCGAGUGGGGACGCUACGGCAUGAGGUUCAACGUGAUUCAACCCGGACCAAUCAGGACCAAGGGUGCAUUCAGUCGUUUGGAUCCCACCGGGAUGUUCGAGAAGUCAAUGAUUGGCAGGAUUCCGACUGGCCGUCUGGGAACGCCAGGAGAGAUUGCGAACCUCGCCGCCUACCUCUGCAGCGACUAUGCCAGCUGGAUUUCAGGAGCGGUCAUUCGGAUGGAUGGAGGAGAAUAUGUGUCCAUGGCCGGAGAGUUCAAUGAACUCCGAAGGGUCACCCAGGAACAGUGGUCUAUGCUCGAGACCAUGAUCCGAAGCACAAAAGGCUCCUAAGGACUUUGACUUUUUUAUGAAUCCCCUAAUUGAUGAUCAGAAUAGACAUGCCACCUCAGUGUGUAAGAUUUGCAUGUAUUUCUGAGAUUGCCUUGCUAAGUGCCUGUGGCCUUUAGAUCAUUCCCAACACCAUAACAUACUGUAAUAUAGUGACCUUUGUAGGGAUUAAAUCUAAGCACGAUAGUGCCUGUGGUCACUAAUGUUUUGUACAAAAAUGACAAACAUUAUUUGCCUCAUAUCUUGAAACAGAAUAAACCUUUUCUGCAGCAAUA